GCCGCUGCUCUCUAUCCUUGGCGCAUCUACAUCCCUAACUCCCGCACCGGCUCUUCAGCAUCAUACGUAAAAUAAAUAAAGAAAUAAAAUAAAAAUAAUUUCUUUUAAAAAAAAAAAAAAAAAAAAAAGCACCAGAGAAGACCGGACUGGCAGCACAAUAAAACAGACUCGGGUGUGGAGGAUGUAAAGCCAAAGGGGGUGCAGGAACAGGAUGGAGUGCUCCUGGAAGACUGUGUUGCUGCUGGUGUGUGCUUCACUGGGGGUCCAGUACACGGCCAUUCGCACCCUGAGGGACUCGCUGUCUGGACCCUGUCAGAGUGUCUACCAGUGUCAGAACAGACGUCACAGAGAAUCCAAUUGGAGAACCUUGUGCGAUGAGAGUUGGAUGUCCAUGGAAUCCCCUCGGAAGCAUAUCCUGCUCUUUGCCACAACACGCAGUGGUUCGUCUUUCACCGGUCAGCUGCUCAACCAGCACCCUGAGAUCUUUUACAUGUUUGAACCUCUCUACCACAUCCAGCAGGCCUUCACAAACUCCAGCGGCAGGAUGCGUCGUUCUUUGGACCGCCGGGCCCUCCUGGGAGCAUACAGAGACCUCCUGCUCAACUUGUACAACUGCGACCUUCGCUUUAUGGAGAGUUACAUUCGCCCUGAGCCCCAGGACCAUGUCACUAAUUCCUUCUUUCGUAGAAGCUCUAGUCAUGCCCUUUGUUCUCCUCCAGUGUGUCUGGAAGGAGGGGAAGGAGCAACACCCGAUUCACCCGAAGAAAGUUGGUGUACCAAGAAGUGCGGUGGGUUGAACCUCACCUUAGCGUCAAAGUCAUGUCUGUCAAGAGGCCAGGUCGCCAUAAAGACUGUUCGGAUCCCCGAGGUGGGGGACCUGAGAACUUUGGCCGAAGAUCCGCGUCUGGACCUAAAGAUCAUCCACCUGGUGAGGGACCCUAGAGCCAUUCUCGCCUCACGCAUGACAGCGUUUUCAGAUCAAUUCCGUGCUUGGAAAAUAUGGAACGCGACAGGGCGGCAACCGAGAUACGUGGACCUAUCCCAGAUAACCAGCACCUGCAAGGACAUGGUGGCAUCUGCAGAAGCAGGCUUGCGGAGACCGACUUGGCUGCAGGGCCGCUACCGCUUAGUAAGAUAUGAAGACCUAGCAUUUAACCCGAAGCACAGGGCCAACGAGCUCUACCAGUUUAUUGGCCUCGAGAUGGAGGACAGGGUGCAAACAUGGAUUGAAAGGAACACCAACAGCAAUUUGUCUGCUCCAUUCGAAUGGAAUUACAAGUACUCCACCACCAGAGACUCCAGAAUGACGGCUGAGAGUUGGAGGCUUCGUCUGGGCUAUGAUAUUGUCAGGACUGUGCAGAAUCUGUGUAACGACACUUUGGCCCUGCUGGGAUACAAACGCGUUCGUUCUGCAGCCCAAUUAAGAAACUUGUCCUAUAGUCUAGUGGAGCCCGUCACUUUUCAACCCAACCUUUCCCAAACUUGGGUCACAACCAAAAACGGCCAGGGUUUCUGGGAACAUGGUCAUCUUUCUUGACCAAAGCGACACGAUCCUCCAUCUUCGGGGCAGACAGUGUGAACCAGCCGCCGCUGACGUUUUGUUAAGUACCAGCUUGACCUUCCAGCACUGCUGUUGUGUCACUGUGGAUGGAAUCAGUUCUGUCGCAUAAUUUCCCCUCUGUGUUUCCUCCAAUCCCUUCCGUAAUCACCAGGUUCAACCAGUGGCUUGUUAUAAUAAGAUGAGGGAGGGAUGUCCUUGGAGUUGAUCCUCUAGCUACAGGUAUUGGUGAGCUCAUGCGUCCAAACCUCCACAGCAACAGACUAAGACGUCACUCAAGAUGCAGAUGGAGUGUUUCGCGUCUGCUGGAAUCAGGGAGCCGUUUGAGCUCAGCUCAGUUUCCAACUACAAAGACCAGCCCACUUGUUCUUUUUUAGCAGAUAAUCACUCCGUGCUUCUUUUUUACUCGAUAACAUACCAUGCUUUAAUUAGUACUCAAGUAAGCUGAGCUAAUGACCAGAGUCAAGGAGAAACAGCUUAAGCCACAUCCGGUCCAAAGAAAUGCUGAGAAUGUCAGGGAGGAUUUUUGGAACGAUCCUUCUUCACCCCCAGGCAGGAGUUAGCCUGGACCGACUUACUUCAGCAAAUCCGCAGGAUGAACGCAUGGAUGAAUGCCUUUUAGUGUUUUGAUUCGGAAAAAUAAAGCUCUCUGCUUUUUGCUUUUUGGCUUUUUCCCGAUGCCAUUUCCCGCAAAACAUUUUGCAGGCUACGAUGUGCAAAGAAGCAGGCCAAAUGUCAGCACCAGGAUACGGAGAGUUGUUAACUUUGAAUCAUUUCCAUCCUCAUCAUCAUAUACAAUGUAGAAACUGAACUUAUCUUUAUAACUAUUUACACUGGCUAGAACAUUAUGACCACUUGCAGAAUCAUCUUUCUUUAAAAAGUUUGAAUUGACACUCUAAGAGUAGUAUAAAUUCAACAAUAUGCUGAUUAUUAUGGCUGUGAUUAUACUUCAAUGAAAUGAAAUGACUCAAUCUAUCCAUCCGUGUAUUUUCUGCACCACUUGUACUCAUCGGGGUCACGGGUGAGCUUGAGCCGAUCCCAGCCGAUUUAAGGGACCCCGGCCUGUCGUGGACUUUAUCUGUCACAGCCAAUCACAGACCAACAACCGUUCACAUUCACAUUCCCAUUCCCCCCCCCCUAUGGACAACGUGGGGCCUGGACAGAAUGUUGCAUUGCAUAAAUGUUGUUAAAACCCGGAGUAAAAUAAAGCGGUCAAAGUUGGAGCCGAAGAGUGGUCUGCAGAGCCUCGUUUUGGAUUGGAAGCGACAUUUCAACGCGCCCCGACUCGAAUGCUUCAUCUUUUGAGACACCCGACCGUCAAAGCCUGCUGCUUUUGGCUCAGCUCGAGCGGGGCUGUCCACUUUCUUCCCACCGUGCGGCGAGAGCUAACAAGCUAACUAGUGAUCGGCGCUUAUCAGCAGAACAUGGUGAACAAGGGAAUCCACACCCGAAACAUACUGGCAAAAACACAAAAAGGCGAACGUCAAACCCCAAGUAGGAGUUCGGAAUGCAUACUCGGGCUAAUGAGUUAGUCCAUCAGCGGAAGGAGAUGUUCGAGGCGAAAGACGAAAGAGCCGAUGCCGGGGCCGAGAGCUGCGAUCGAGCUCGGAGAUAUCAAACUCGUCAUCCAUUCCCGCACUAGUACACCAAAGCCGCUAAGAAACUCAAAAGCUCCAACUAGGUACUGUAUACCAAACUAUGAAUGACAAUAAACAACAUCUGAACAGAGUACUUUAACACUAGGAACUUCUGAAGAUGCUAAUGUCAUAACCUUUGAACACAACAAUUCUUAAUAUCACCAACAAUUGCCACUAUUCCACUGAUGAACAGUUUAAUAACACAUUUAAGUCUGUAAACAAAAUAUCAAUCAUGCAUUUUGAUAGCAGAAGCCUUUAUGGCAAUUC